AUGGACACUGGACAAGACCUCAGCUACCUCACGGCCAAGUAUGACUGGAUCCUGGCCAUCACGUCGAUCGCCUUUGUGUUCAGUGCUGCUAGCAACGGUGCCAACGAUGUCGCCAACGCGUACGCCACCUCGGUCGCCGCACGCACCCUGAAGAUGUGGCACGUCGGUAUCAUGGCUGCCAUCACAGAGUUUAUCGGUGCUGUGGCCCUGGGUAGUCGCGUCACCGACACCAUCAAGUCGGGCAUCAUCACCCCCGACCGUUUCGAAAAUGCCGCCAACCCCGGCACCUUCAUGCUUGCCAUGGGCUGUGCCGAGGUUGGCUCUGCAGCCUGGCUGACCGCGGCAACCUUCCUCGGAUGGCCUGUUUCCACGACCCAGUCUAUCAUCGGUGCAUUGGUCGGUGUUGGCUUCGCUACCCAGGCCGAUAUCACCUGGGAGUGGACCGACGGAAGUGUCUCUCAAACCGCCGCCUCCUGGGGUAUCGCCCCCGGCAUUGCCUGUGGUUUCUCGGCCAUCAUCUUCGGCUCCCUCAAGUACAGCGUUCUCGAGCGCAGUGACCCGUUCAAGUGGGCGAUGCGCCUGAUCCCCUUCUACAUUGCCCUGACCGGUGGCAUCCUUGCCCUCUUCAUCACCAUCGAAGCCCCAACCGCCCCUGACAUCGAAUCGUUCGGUGCCGGCAGGGCUGUUGGUAUUAUUCUCGGCUGCUUCUUCGGCUGUCUCUUCGUCGGCUUCGUCUUCUUCAGACCCUACUUCUGGCGCCGCCUCGUCAUGAAGGACUCCCGUAUCCGCUUCUACCACCUCCCCAUCGGACCCCUCCUCUGGAUGGAAAACCCUCCCCUCUACCGCCCCCAUCAAGGCGAAUGGGCCCUGACAAACCACUACGAAGACGCCUACGGCAACGUCCACGCCGGCGGCAAGAACGCCAAUAACAACGCCACUCCUGCACACCCAGACGAAAAGAAACCCAAUGACACCGACGUCGAACGCCUCCCCGACUCCGUAACCUCCAGCCCCGAAAUCCAGCCUCAGAAACGCAUCAUCGAGCCCGAGGAGCGUUUCCUCGACCCCGUCCGCGACCUCUCCUGGGCCAACCCCCGCAAGUGGUGGGGAUACCUCAAGUUCGGACUCCUGCAGGGCGUCACCCGCGAUGUCAUCACCCACGACUCCCAACUCCUCCGCGACAUCCACGCCCGCGCCAAACGCUACGACGACCGCAUCGAACACAUGUGGACAUACUGCCAGGUUGUCUCGGCCAUUAUGAUGUCCAUCGCCCACGGAUCUAACGAUGUCGCCAACGCCGUGGGACCCUGGGCCGGUUCAUACCAUACUUUCCGCACUGGACGGGUCAACACCGAAGCCAGUACCCCUGUCUGGUUCCUCGUCAUCGCUGGUCUGCUUCUCGGCGGUGGCUUCUGGGUCUACGGAUUCCAUAUCAUGAGGGCUUUGGGUAACAAGAUCACGCAGAUGUCGCCGACGCGUGGAUUCUCGACGGAGCUGGGCGCUGCGAUUACGGUGUUGCUUGCGUCGAGGCUGGGAUUGCCGGUUUCGACCACGCAGUGUUUGACCGGGGCUGCUGUGGGCACUGCGCUGAUGAAUUAUGAUCUUGCGUCGAUUAAUUGGCGCCAGAUUGCGUUUAUCUUUUCUGGUUGGGUGUUGACCCUGCCUUGUGCUGGGUUGAUCUCCGGCUUGCUUUGUUUGAUGGCGUUGAACACGCCGCAUUUCUAG